AUGUUUGCCUCUUUUCUUUUUCUUUACUUUUUCAAUCUUUUCUGUCUUCUUUUUUUUGUGACAAUUCUCUCUUUAAUAAAAUUGUUUCCUUCUUACUUCUUUAUUUGUUCCGCUUCAGAUUUCUUCCUAUUUUUUCUUGUUUUUCUUAUAACUUCACUUUUCUUUCUCGUGUUUUUUAUUAUUUAUUUUUUGUGUAAGUUUCUUGAUUAUUAUAUUAAAUCAUUUUCUUUCCUACAUUUAUCGCCUCUAUUUUUCUUAAAAUUAAUUUUCUUUCAUUUCUUAGAAUUACUUUGUCUUCUUUUUUUUAUUUUAUUUUUUUUAAUUAUCCUCACGAACUUUUUAACACUUUCGCGGUCCUCUCUCUCCUUUUUCCCUCUCUCUUUCUCUCUUCCUCUCUCCCUCCAGUAUUUUCCUUUUUUUACUAUUUUUUCUUCUCUCUUUGAUUUCCGCCUCUCUUAUUCCCCGCUCUUUACUCACUAUUUCAUUUUUCAUCUUUUUUACUUCUCUCUACACAGCGAACACUUCCGCCUCGGGCGCGGGCCUUUUUCCUGCUCCAUCGCUGCAGGGAAGAAAAGUACCACAUCCCAAGAGAACCGGCCGGAUAUUCUUUCCUUAGGCUCUAUUAAGGGCACUACUUUGGCAAGAGUGUCCAAGAACGAGUCCCAGAGCCGAUGGCGUUCCUCAACUUUGGUCAUGCUAGGACGGCCAUUAUUGAAUAAAGAAGCGGCGUGGUGUAGCGUUGUCUCUGCAGCAAAUAACUUGUAUUGUGUGCAUAAUCAUCUAUUGUGCGUCCCGGAAGAUUUCUUUCUCCUCCUACUCUUUUAUUUUCUUUUGUCUUCUAUUUCUUCAACUUACACUGAACUUGUUUAUCUUCUUCCGGCUUCUCUUUCUUUUCAUUUCAUCCUCCACCUCCUCCUCUUAUGUUUCCAUCUUGCUUAA